AUCUCUGUUCACAAAUAGCAACACACACAUCCCCCCCAUAUCUUGACUUUUUAUCACGACUAAAGCUCUACGCAGCACCGCGCAGAACUGUUUCCCGUGAACGUGUCAUUUGAGCGUGCGUGACCGCAUGAAUCACGAAGAAGACGUGGCGCCAGCUUUUCUUCUGCUUCAACAAGCUACCGCUGUCUAACGAUUAUUGAAUGAGCACAAGUGAUUUUCCAAUCGCUACACUUCCGACAAAAUGAUUUCUCUAACGGAUUCCCAGAAAAUCGGGAUGGGGUUGACAGGCUUUGGCGUGUUCUUCCUCUUCUUUGGGAUGAUCCUGUUUUUUGACAAAGCCCUUCUUGCCAUUGGAAAUAUAUUGUUUGUAGCAGGCCUAUCCUUUGUCAUCGGCUUGGAGCGUACCUUCAAAUUCUUCUUCCAGAGACACAAAUUUAAAGCCACAAGUUUCUUCCUGGGGGGUGUGCUGGUGGUUCUGAUUGGCUGGCCUAUCAUCGGAGUGGUGCUGGAGAUCUAUGGCUUCUUCCUCUUAUUCAGGGGCUUCUUCCCAGUGGCUGUAGGCUUCAUCAGGAGGGUGCCUGUCCUCGGGUCCAUACUCAACCUCCCAGGGAUUAGUGGAUUUGUGGACAAAGUCGGCGAGAGCAACAAUAUGGUAUAACAGUGAACAUCUUUGGAUUGGAGGAUAUGAAAUCGCUUUACUCUAUUUAUAAUAGUUUAUAUUGGUGACUUUUCUCUACUGGUCAACUAUUGGCCAAGACUACCCCCAUGUUAAAGGUCAAAGCUGUGAAUCAGAAACCUCUUUCUGUUCAAAGGAAAAUAAUGUUUCUUUGGGCAGGCGUAUGAAUACAACUGGUAUCGUAAAGCUUCCUUUGACGGAAAUGGUCUUAUAACCUGGUUGCCAUCGAUGGACAUUGUUACUAAGGGACUACUUUAUUUCAAGGCCCAAUGGGUGAAUUGGGCCCUUUUUGUGUCACUGCCCGUUCCUGAUCGACUGAUUAUGAUGAUUGACAUAUGACUGGACCAACCACUAGAUUGGACAUCGCUAUGGAGGAGAAGUCUUGAAUCUGUUACAGCAGUCUUUCUUCUGGAAUGUUGUCUGUACAGUCAGAGAAGUGUUUUGAUUACCUUGAUGAUGAAGAGUUUCUGGAAUUUUUGUAUGGCUGUUUAGAGUACAGUUGUGUUACACCUGGGUACUGUUCAGGAGGAUGUAGCUUUACAGAACGUUCAGAUAGAAAUGUAUUGUGUAGAACAGAUGUGAUUCUGUCAGAUAGGGAAUUAUGUCAGCUCUAUUUAUUCUAUUUCUAUCUGCAAUGUUCAGAAUGUUUUGCAUCACUAAAUACUAAGCUGUUGAAGAUGAAUUGCCCUGUGCGCACAACGGGUCACAAAUGGGUACAUUCAUUUAAGCUUGUCCAGGACACCGGGUGAGUUGAAUUUACACAUUUUAAACUAUUCCUUCCUGAAUUGAAAAUUUCCACCCACCUGGGGCACUGGGCGAGCUAAAACGAAUGCAUCCAAUGCUACAGAUGUGUCUCUACAACCCAGAUAUUGAUGGUCUCACAGCAGCUGGGCUUUGUCACUUUCUACUUAAUGUAUUAAGAGGUUUGUCAGAGAGAUGUUUUACUCAAUGUAUCUUUUGUAAAUACAUACUUGAAAUAGUGUGUUUUAAAAACAAA